UCUUCCUUCCUUUUUUUCACAAAAAGCAUUCAAAAACGAAAUCCAUUUUUUUUAUUUAUUUUUUAAAAUUAAUUCUAUUUUCUCCCAUGGCGUCCCCUUUAACCGUUAAGGAAGAACAACAUAAACAUCUUCAACACAAUUCCCCGACAGCAACAACAACCGCAAUAACCAUCAAAUGCGAGCCACAAGACCUCCCUAACAACCCUUCCCUUACUCCGCCGCCGGAAACUGAACGCGCCGCCGAAACAAUAGCGAAAUCGGUGAACGACCUCAACAGCUUCUCCGUCGCGAUACAAGCGUUCAAGGCAAGGUACGAUGAGCUCCAGAACCACCUCAACUUCAUCGACAAAGCCCUCGACGCUAGGUCGAAGGAGCUCGAAUCCCUACCGUCUUCAAACGGCGUCGUUCCGUCGGAGCCGACGCAGGCCGAAACCCUAGAAGGCACCGAGGACGAGGUUCUAUCACUAUGCCAAACAAUGUGCAGCCGCGGGUUGCGGAGGUACGUGAUUUCGCACAUCUCUGAACCCAAUUUGCUCCGGGAGAAGGUUCCGGCGGCAAUCCGGAACGCUCCGAAGCCUGCGAAGAUCGUGCUCGAGUGCAUAGGGAGGUUCUUCCUUCAGGGAAGCAAGGCGUAUAUGAAGAAGGACUCAAACAUGGUUCGGGCGAGGGAGGCAUCGGUGCUGGUUCUGGAGUAUUAUCUUCUCUCUGGCUGCGUUGGUAGUGAGAGCAAUGUGGUGGAGAAUUCGGUGAAGGAAGAGGCGAACAAUGGCGCGGUUGCGUGGAGGAAGAGGUUGAUUGUGGAAGGUGGUGUGGCGAAGGCUUCUGAGGCUGAUGCAAAGGGUUUGAUUCUUUUUAUUGCUUGUUUUGGGAUUCCGGCUGUUUUCCGAAACGAGGACUUGUCGAAUUUGCUGAGGUUGAGCAAUGCCAGAGAGAUUUCACAUUUGCUUCGCCAAUCUCAGACCCUUCUUAAGAGGGUUUCAGAAAUUGCCGAUGGAAUAAUGAAAAAGGGCUCCGUUGUUGAAGCAGUUGACUUGGCUUAUACCUUUGGGUUUGAAGAGAAAUAUUCUCCUCAGACAGCACUUACAUCAUUUCUACAGAAAUCUGAAGAAGCUUGGAAGAAAACCAAGAAUGGGUCACACGAUAUUCCUAGAUUGCUGAAGGAAGCAAAUGUAAAAUAUUUAGCUGCUUUGAAAUCUGUAGUUAGCUGUUUGGAAGGUCAUAAGAUCGGCUUGAAUGAAUUCCUUCCUGGGUGGGAACUUAAGGAUAAGAUUAGCAACUUGGAAAAAGAUAUUAGUGAAAUCAAGAAAAGAAUUGAAGGGAAGGCCGUAGCGCCCAAGAGAAAAGUGGAUAAAAGUAAUCCCUCAAAGAAAGUGAAGCCUCCAGAGGCUAAACGACCAAAGUUUGCUCCAAAGGAUCCGUCUAUCGCAUCACCUUCAGUUGCUGCCUUGCAAGAGCAUAGGAUUGCUAGGCAUCUGGAUGCCAACAGCUCAUAUGAUGUUCCACUCACAGCACAUUUGCUGGAUGGGAGAUCCUAUGGCUACUCAAACAAUUAUCCUGCCACAUCAUCGCUGCAACUUGGAUCUGUUUCAGGAUCCUUGCCAGAAAGCUACCUUGGUGGAGCAGUGGCGAGCGGAGUUAAUAUGGUUGGAGGAGCCAUAGCUAGCUCUGCUAUGUCAGCCGGAAUCACUGCCACAACUAGUUCAUAUUCUGGCUAUCAAGGAGAUGCGAGAUUAGACAAUGUUGGGAACAAUCAUCUUUAUAGAUGGCGUGGAGUAGGGGAAGGGGUAUCUUCUGAUGACUGGUCACUGGUGCAGCGUUAUGCCGGACAACCUACAUCGGCACAAGCAAGUGCAGAUGGUUUUGCAGGCAUGCCUGAUUAUCGCUCAGUUGCUGCUGCUAGCCGCGGUGGAGGUUCUGAUUUGUAUAGCUUUGCCGAUGCAGUUUUCGAAUUGUAGUUAUUCUUGGCAGGAACCUCGUCGGCAUUAAAUUGCCUUUUUUAUUUUUUGAUCAGUUAGAACUUAGAAACAAAACAAAGCAUCUUCCACGAGAUUUUUUACCUGCCUUUGGAGAACAAGCAGCAUAGUUGUACAAUGUUAGUGUAUGUAUGAUUUCACAGAAUAUAUCCUUCUUGGAGUUUAUUAAUGUUAUUACAGGAAUAAC